GUGGAUCGUGACGAGGGAAAAAAGAACCCACACGGGAUUGAUAAUAACGAUAGAGAUGGAAGGUAGAUCAAUAGGAGGAAGCAGAAAAUUGAGAAACAGAAUACCGCUGGACCAAGGAGGCGUUCACAAAUUUAAUGUAGUGACGGUGGUACCGUCGUACAUGGAUACUGACCAAGACAAGAGAGAUAACACAAUUAGACGUAUCGGAUGAAGACUUCAUAGCGGACGAGAAAGAUAGUCCAGACUCUCCAGAACCGCAAACAUCGGACUACUCCAGAUACGAAGGCUCGAACGGCACGUCCAUGGACACCGAUGGGGACGAGUUCAUACUCUCCUCCGAACUGGACCAUUUAAUGAAUAUAGACAUCGACACGGAGCCGGACAAAAUCCCAAAGACACGCCACGAAACAGCACGAGACUCCGAGAACGCAGGCAUCACACCUGUAAAAAGACAAGAAAAAGAAAAAGCUCCGACGUCCACGGCCCACGAAGGUCUAGACUCCGGUUACAGCACAGCACACAGCAGUUCGCUGAGCACCGCAUCGAUAAGCCCGCACAGGCUACAAAAAAGAAUUCAAACAAUUAUCACAGACAUAAAAACUGCCGGAAAAACGACGGACGUAACGAACACACUGGACAACAGCAAACAAACAAACGACAGACCGGCCGUCCCGGGAACAUACAACGAGAGCGAAAAGGAAAACGCGAAUAAAGCGCUACCCACACAGAGACAGACCAACGAUGACCAGAAAAAGAGGAAAUAA